UCUUAACGCAAAAAAAUCUCAGCCACUCGAGUCAUUUUGGGAUGAAGUCUCCAUGCGCCCCCACGGCUAUCUGAGUUUGGGACAGUGGCACAUACGAGAGAAUCGCACAAAUUUUGGACUUUGGAUUUACUUUUUCAAUUUUUCAUAGUCUUUCUUUUUGCUGAAUACCGAGAAUCCAAACAGAUCAAAAUGAUGACCAAGCCACUUGGAAAAAGCGGCGAUAUGAGUGAGCUGGUGGGUUCCCUCGCCUGGCUGGAUGAAGACGGCAGCUCUCAGGAUGGCGAGGAAAGCCCUGUGAUGAUGGGGCACCGUGGCCUGAUUGAAGGAGGGAGACACUCCUGCUCAGAGCUGGGCAGUGAGGACAUGGAAGAGGAAGAGGAGGAGGAGGAGGAUGAGGAGGUGACUGGUCCAAAUGGAGAAAUGGCUCCCAAAAGAAGGGGCCCCAAGAAGAAGAAGAUGACCAAAGCUCGCCAGGAGAGGUUCCGUGCCCGUCGCAUGAAGGCCAACGCCAGGGAACGAUCGCGCAUGCACGGACUGAACGACGCGCUGGACAAUUUGCGCAGAGUGAUGCCCUGCUACUCCAAAACACAGAAGCUCUCAAAAAUUGAAACGUUACGGCUGGCCCGCAACUACAUCUGGGCGCUCUCUGAGGUGCUGGAGAACGGUCAGUCUCCAGAGAGCCAUGGCUUCAUGGAGAUGCUGUGUAAAGGUCUGUCCCAGCCCACCAGUAACCUCGUGGCCGGCUGCCUGCAGCUGGGACCCACGCCGUUGCUAAUCAACAAGCUGGAGGACAAGUGUGGAGGCCCUGGAUUGGGUAGUGUGGGGGGUCAGGCCGGCCAUCCCCUAAGCUACCCAUCCCCAGGGCUCCCCAGUCCCCCUUAUGGCUCCCUGGAGGCAUCCCACCUCCUCCACAUGAAGGGAUUCAAGGGGCAGGCGUUCGACAACCCCUCCCCUAACGCGUGCAGCAGCGGUACCCCGCCGUACGACGGGCCCCUCACACCCCCCCUCAGUAUCAGCGGCAGCUUUGCCCUGAAGCAGGAGCGAUCGCCCCAAGAAUCCGAGAGGACCUACACGACCCAAUCCGCCCAUCAUGCCCAUUACCUCUCAUCCCACCAUUACCCCCUUUCCACAACUGCUGGCCUUCCUGGGGGGCACCAAGGCCACCCAGUCUUUCAGGCAUCCCGUUAUGAGUUGCCUCUGGAUGUGGCCUUUGACUCCUUCACUUCCUCUCAUCUGCUGGCCUCUCAGAUGGGUACCAUGUGAAAAGAGCCAAACAGACUGCUGUGAAAGCCGUGCACAUCCAUGGCGUUCAUUGACUGUAUAGAGACUGCAGUGGUUUGCAUUUCGGUGUUCUGAUAAUCUGAGAGGGCAGCGACCUUUCAGAGAGAGACUCGUCAACUCAAAUUUAUCUACCUGAUACCUGUAAUCUUUGAUAUUUUAUUUAUUCUGUUUUGUUAUGAUUUGCUGUUGAUUCUUGGAUGAUCACCACUGUUGCAGGCUCCAGUCAAGUGUCACAAGCAAUUGAACACGUGCAUGAAAGUGCAAGGUUGGAAGAAAAUGAAACUUUCCAUCUGUUCGAAACUGUGCACUGAGGCCUGCAGCCGUUGACCGUCUCAGCAUAAAAAAGCAAUGCAUUUAUUUAUAUUUGUAAUGUAUUUAAUAUUUAUUUGAAUUCUGUCUUGUUUAAAAAAUACUGUAUUCUCUCAGCACUGUUUUUUUUUUUUUUUGUUUGUUUUUGUUUACCGUUGUGUUCCUGGUUUGUUAUCAGUCAGUCACUGGCAGCUGUACUGUAUUUAAGUUAUUUAUUUCAGGUCUCAGAUACAUGUUCAUUGACUGUCACUAUUUUUUGGGUGUCAUUGUAAAUAUUUUGCUGUUUCGCACUUAAUUGAAUAAAUAUUCUUAUAUUCUAUGCUA